AUCUCCACAGCCCCUACCCAAAUCCCUUUCUUUUUUAAAAAAUAGCCUGAGAUCAUCAUAAAUCACAUCCACCCCUCCCCUUCCCCCCACCCCACUCCAAAAAAAACAAAAAAAACAACCUUAAACGACUCUUGUUUUUUCCUCCUCUCCUUUUUCUUCUAGAAAAAAAAUCUUCCCAUAAAAUAUACCGUUCCUUUAAUCUACCUGUCAGAUCAUUAACCGACCCAAGCCCCCAAUGGCUAAACUUGUGUCAAAUGGACUGGGGUGUUGAACAUAUUAUCAAAUCAGAACGAACAACUUCAGCUGACAGCAACCAUGGGCCAACCAAAGCUGACAGCAACAAUGGGCCAACCAAAGCUGACAGCAACCAUGGGCCAACCAAAGUUGACAGCAACCAUGGGCCAACCAAAGUUGACAGCAACCAUGGGCCAACCAAAGUUGACAGCAACCAUGGGCCAACCAAAGCUGACAGCAACCAUGGGCCAACCAAAG